GAACGCACUGCACCUGCACUGCAUCUCUAACACGACGAAAAGCUCGUAACGACGACGCACCCCCCCUCUCUCUCUCUCUCUCCCUCUCAGGAGCGGAAUCCGAUAUGGCGAAACCGACACGAUCUGCUUCCGAUUUUCUGGCCGAGAUGGAAUACCAGUCCGGGUUCGGCAAUCACUUCUCGUCCGAGGCGCUGCCUGGAGCGCUGCCAGGUGAACAGAACAAUCCCCUCGUUUGCCCGUACGGUCUCUAUGCCGAGCAGAUAUCUGGCACCGCCUUCACCGCCCCUCGCAAACUCAACCAGAGAAGUUGGCUGUAUCGCAUCAAACCAUCUGUUACGCAUGAACCAUUCAAACCUCGAUUCCCAGUCCACGGGCAUCUUGUUAGUGAAUUCAACCAGUCCACAAGUUCUGCCACACCAACUCAACUACGGUGGAAGCCUGCAGAUGUUCCUGAUUCACCAGCUGAUUUCAUUGAUGGGCUAUAUACAGUAUGCGGUGCUGGAAGCUCUUACCUUCGACAUGGAUAUGCCAUUCACAUGUACACUGCUAACAAAUCCAUGGACGGUUGUGCAUUCUGCAGUGCUGAUGGUGAUUUUUUGAUAGUUCCCCAAAAAGGAAGGUUGUGGAUCAGAACAGAAUGUGGAAGAUUGCAAGUUUCUCCUGGUGAAAUAGUUGUUUUGCCUCAAGGGUUCCGUUUCUCUGUUAGUCUGCCAGAUGGCCCAUCACGUGGUUAUGUUGCUGAGGUUUUUGGUACCCAUUUCCAGCUUCCUGAUCUUGGCCCUAUAGGUGCCAAUGGCCUUGCUGCUUCACGGGAUUUUUUGGUCCCCACAGCCUGGUUUGAGGACUCCUCUUAUCCAGGGUACACCAUAGUGCAAAAGUUCGGUGGUGAACUAUUUACUGCAAAACAAGAUUUUUCUCCAUUCAAUGUGGUUGCUUGGCAUGGGAAUUAUGUGCCAUAUAAGUAUGAUCUGAGUAAGUUCUGCCCAUUCAAUACUGUUCUAAUUGAUCAUGGCGAUCCUUCAAUAAACACAGUAUUGACAGCUCCAUCUGAGAAACCAGGUGUCGCAUUGCUUGAUUUUGUCAUUUUCCCACCACGGUGGUUGGUUGCUGAACAUACCUUUCGCCCACCAUAUUACCACCGCAAUUGUAUGAGCGAAUUUAUGGGCCUAAUUUAUGGUGGUUAUGAGGCCAAAGCUGAUGGGUUUCUCCCAGGAGGUGCCAGCCUUCACAGCUGCAUGACUCCUCAUGGACCUGAUACCAAGACGUUCGAGGCAACGGUGUCACGUGGAAAGGAUGCUGAACCAUUCAGAAUAACCAAUACAAUGGCUUUCAUGUUCGAAUCAUGUCUGAUUCCACGGAUCUGCCCAUGGGCCCUCGAAUCUCCAAACUUGGAUCCUGAUUACUACCAAUGUUGGAUUGGGCUAAGAUCCCACUUCUCACAUGAAGAGAAAGGCACUGUAAAUGGGAGUGAUGGAGCUUUCUCCAAGGAAAACGAUCCCAAUGGCAAAUAAAUAUGCGGGAGGAAGAAAGCGUGACCAGGAAUGGAUUUUCCCAGUGACACCGCUCUGCAAACAAGACCCUGCGCAUGCUCUUGGUUUGAGUAAUAUCUCUCAGCUUGUACAUAUCCUAAGGAAAAAGUGAUAUAGUUGGCAGAAAGCUUGUCUAUAAAUAAAACUUGGGAAUCUAACUUCUUUAGGGGUCUGUUUGUUUCACCAAUUAUGUUAGUAAAGAAAUAGGUAAUUAUUGCAAAUUGCUCUACUUGUUUGGUGAAAUCAGUUGAAUUUGAUUGCAAUGAUGGCAUUGUUUACAUUAUUUGUUUUAUCCAAGUAAUGUAAAAUUGUAAUGAUUACAAAUUCCUUUAUCUAUCUCCUGUUACAUCAUUUGACCCUCGAAUUAUGUGUUGUAAUACUUGUCUAAACAAACAUGGUGAAAUAGUAAUGAUAACUUAUUUACAUUA